AUGUCGAACGAUUGGGACCAAGUUACGUAUAUUGGUUCGAAAACCAGAGUCGGGGGUGGCGGACCCAGACAGACCGUUGCUAAGACCGCAGCUGAGUUAAAUGCUGCUCGCAGAGCUGGUGGAGUGGUUGGUACCGAAAAGAAAUACGGAAGUACCAACACCAAAAGCAACCCCGAAGGACAAAGAUUGACCAAGAUUGACGCUGUUGAUGAUGUUGUUCCCACCAAGAAGGUGGAAGCCAGUGUCGGAAAGGCGAUCCAACAAGCCAGACAAGAAAAGAAACUCACACAAAAGGAUUUGGCUACCAAGAUCAAUGAGAAACCCAAUGUGGUGAAUGACUAUGAAGCCGGCCGUGCCGUGCCAAACCAGCAGCUUUUAGCCAAGAUGGAGCGUGCAUUGGGUGUCAAGUUGAGAGGAAAGGGCAUUGGAGAGCCUUUGUUUGCAAAGAAGAAGUAG